CCUAGAGAACUAGAACAAAUUUGAUUCUGGCGUCCUCUUCUGGAAAUACGACAGUUGCCGAUUCCUGUUUAAGAGAUAUGCCGCGGUGACAGUAGCCUGACCGGCUACUCCCCACCGCUCACCGGGAUUCGGCCAAAGCUGCAGCCAGGGACCCACCCGCAGUAGCCAGGACGGUGCCACAUCAGACACAGAGUAACUUGAUUGUGGAUACGGACACGGGACACAGACGGGGACACCGCAUGUGACACAGAGGCUCCCACCUUUACGUCAUGCGCUGAUUAACGUGUUUUGUUCGUCUGAUAAUUCUCUACAAGUGGAUUUGUGUUUGUUCAACGCGUCCAGCUGAAACCAUGACCUCUACAGAAAACAAAUGCUGGGGAGAAUGUAUGGAUAUUGCUGUUCAGAUAGCUCACAAAGCUGGGAAGGUUGUUCAGGAGGCUGUGAAGCAGGAGAAGCUGGUCAGCACUAAGAGCACUCCAACAGAUCUGGUGACGGAAGCUGACCAACAGGUGGAGGACCUCAUUAUAUCCACCCUUAGGGAGAAAUUUCCCUCACACAGGUUUAUAGGAGAAGAGUCUUCUGCUGCUGGAGAGAAAUGUAUUCUAACAGAUGAACCUACCUGGAUCAUUGACCCCAUCGAUGGGACCUGCAAUUUUGUCCACAGCUUCCCUAUGGUGGCAGUCAGCAUUGGCUUUGCUGUAGAGAAAGAGCUGGAAUUCGGAGUGAUCUACCAUUGCUUUGAUGGGACUCUAUACACUGCAAGGAGAGGCCAUGGGGCAUUCUGCAAUGGAGCUCCGAUUCAAGUGUCUAAAGAGAGAGACAUUUCCAAAGCCCUCAUUCUGACGGAGAUUGGAGCUAAGAGGGACCCAGCUACACUGGAAAUUUUCUUGGGGAAUAUGCAGAAGUUGUUGAGCGCACCUGCCCAUGGGGUGCGGAUCAUCGGAAGCUCCACGCUGGCGCUGUGCCACUUAGCCACGGGUGCGGCGGAGGCCUACUACCAGUACGGCCUGCACUGCUGGGACAUCGCCGCGGCAGCGGUCAUCAUUCGGGAGGCAGGAGGAUGCGUGAUUGACACCUCAGGGGGUCCUCUCGACCUCAUGUCCAGACGAGUGGUGGCUGCUGGCUCCAGAGAGAUGGCGGAUUAUGUUGUCCGGCAACUGCAGCCAAUCAGCUAUGAGCGAGAUGACCACGACCCCAGUGUCCAAUCCUGAUCCUCCAACUGACCUCCGACCUUCAGCCUCUUACCUCAGAUAUACACAAUCCUGCCACACACACACACACACUCGGUCUACCGUACCCUUGUAUGCAAUACUGACUUCCCUUAAUUCCCUCAAUGCAAAGAAUCAACGCAAAAAUAAUCAGUGCUCCUGCUGUCCGAAAAAUACUUUGUGCUGCCAAAUCAACAAAAUGAUGACCAAUUUCUUUCAAAGUGAUGACAUUUUUUCCUUCUUUUUUUUCAAGGCUUGUUUUCAAAUUGAAAAACUUAUUAAGAGACUAUUUCAGAGAAGACAGAAGCGGCCUUUUCGGCAGAACAAAUUAUUUUACAGUGUGAUAAUUGUGAAUAAAAUUGUAAACUUGUGUCUACCAUACCCCUAUAAGACUGCCAGCUGACAUCUCAUCUCAUGACAUCUGUCAUGGUUGUCAAACAAACUAUUAAAAUCAUGGGGAUUUAAGCAGUUGAUCCUGCCUUGCCUUGUCAAUAUUUCUGACCCUGUGACAAAUAUUGACCGUAAAUUUAAUGAGACUGUUGAAAUUACUCUUUACACAAAUUAGCUGCAUUCUCAAAAAAGAAAAAAAAAACUACUGUAUAGACUUAUGAGGGCUUAUUCUUAGGUCACAAAUUCCAAUCAAACUGUAAUGUUACCAUCAUUAACCCCUUACCAAACCAGGUUUAAUCUGAACUGGUGCACAUCUGCUAACUUUUGUAUGGCUAGCCAAUACUGUUGUUGAGGUAACACUACUAUUUUACCAGCUACACACUGCAGUUUUAACUUUCGUCUGUAUUCUAGUUUUUUUAUGUUAUUUUUUUUUAAUAUGGAACACUCAGUAAAGACACAUACUAAGUUUUGUUCUAAUAUUGCACAUGAUUUUCUAGUUGGCCUCAGUGCAAUUGACAAUGUCAUAAUUAUCUCCUGGUUCACGCUCACUGUGAUUGACAAUAAAACUACUGAAUAUAUAAA